CCCUUCUUCGCGGCACACACGGGCGGAAGGCAGCAGUGGCAGAUUGGGGGGAAGGUGAAACCUAUAAAAGUAAGUACAUUCGUACAUGUACCCGGAUAUUGUGACGGGGUGACGUACAUGUAGUACAGACGUAAUGAGUAAAGGCUCGCCAGGGGUAGCGAAUUAAAUUGAACGCUACAGAAUGGUCCCAUUUAUAAAGAGCUUGGACCACUAGAGCUUACGUCUUGAAUUGACACGGUGGUACUUGAAGCUUUUUGUGAGAUUGUAAUUAACAAUUGUCGACCUUUACGUACUAAUCGGCGACGACAACUUUGUUUAUCCGUGCUUGAUUGAAGGGUGCAUCUAGAAGGAAAUACCGAGAUACUGAAGUACCCCUUGAGAUAAUCGUCGUUGCGUGAAUUACCGAACAGGGACUUGCCCGAAAUGGCGUCUUCCGCUAGCCAUCACUAUAGUAGUCCACAGGUCGAGGACGACGACUUGAUCGACCCUGAUGAUGCCGACCUCGACGACUUAGACGACCCCCUCUCACACGCGCAAUCCCAAAGAGAACCGCUAACAGGCAACAUCGGCUCGUCAUCCUCCUCCUCUCGCCCCCUCAACGAGAACUACCUCACAUCCCGCUUCCCAGGCGAAGACCGUCGCGCGCCGCAAAACACGAUCGAUGAGUCAGUGUGGGAUACCCUACGCCGCGAUCUACUGGCUGUAUGGUCUAAGAUGCGCGAAGUCCUAUAUCCUCGCUACCUAUUCGGUGGUACUAUGUUCGAGAGCGCGGACGGGUUGCGAGGCGCUUAUGCCAAUCUCCGCGGUGCAGGAAUCUCAGGCGCGCGUGAGGAGUUGACAAGCCUGGCUGGUCGUGUAAUGGACCCUGAAUCCCUCCUUAAUCAGAAUAAUAUGACGCCUGGUCUACGGGAUUGGGAUAUGUGGGGUCCGUUGAUCUUCUGUCUACUCCUAGCGUUGCUCCUGAGUCUGCGCGCAAAGGAUGAUCAACGAGACGUGGUGUUUAGUGGCGUUUUUGCGAUCGUGUGGAUUGGAGAGGCGGUUGUUACGCUGCAGAUUAAGCUGUUGGGAGGCAAUAUCUCAUUCGCGCAGAGCGUGUGUAUCAUCGGCUACACCCUAUUCCCUUUGGUUAUCGCAUCCCUCAUGUCGGCCCUCCGUCUACCUACGAUCCCGCGAAUCCCCGUCUAUCUCGUAUUAGUGGCUUGGUCAUUAGCCGCGGGUGUUAGUAUACUAGGCGGAAGCGGUGUCGUCAAGAACCGUGUCGGCAUUGCUGUUUAUCCCCUAUUUGUCUUCUACCUAGGGCUAGGAUGUCUCUGUUUCAUCAGCUAAGUCUAAUAUCGCGAGGACGCUGUGCUGUGUAUGGUGGGAAGAGCUAGUCGGAUGAAUUGACUAGAAUUGUGAAUUUGCAUGGGUAGGAGUAUGUCAUGUUACAAUGCGUUUUCGUUCUUAAUUAUACGCUUGACCUGUACUCUAGGUGUUAUUUAUUGUAUGAUCAAUAUGAACGGCGGCAGAGUUUCCGCUAUUUCAACAACAAGAGUUGUGUCAACCAGCUAUGCGAUUUGUCGCGUUAUUACGAGUUGGGUCGACUCAUCGUAUAGACGAAAAUGUAUAAGUUGUGUCUGUUCCAUUGAAUUUGAUGAGGGUGAUUUUAGGACGCAGAAGACCAGCAAUAUCAAGGAACAAGAUGACUGAAUUUCCAUUGCUAUUCGCCGUUUCAAAA